AUGGUCAGCCUCACCUCACACCCAGUUCUCACUCUGGCCCCCUCAAAAACUGACCCAGACCUCUACCCCGUCUCCCCCACUGCAGGACAAGAUCAAGGAGGUCCGUUCCUCUCCACCGCUCGUCCCUUACACGGACCCCAACGAACGAACCGACGCGCACGUACCUCCUCCCCGACACCAGCUGACCCUGUACACCCCGUCGUCGCCCUUAGAAAUUGGCGUCUUUGCGAGCCGAGGCUGAUGCCGCUCAUGCGAGAGCAGAGGCGUGAGUGCAUUCUCUCGUCGCGAGGGGCGCGUUGAGUUAUGACGCGUUUCGCGUGGACGAGCGGUGGACCUUGGGGACAGUGACAUGGCGGUGCGGGUGCAAUGGUUUGCUACUCACUUGCGGGCUGCGAGGAUGCGGUCGAUCGACGGAGGAGUGUAGAGCCGUCCUUGGGUGGAUCGGAUCAGCCGUUCGUCGCUGUCGGGUUCCAUGACGUGGAGCCUGCAGUGCAGCCGCAGCCACAGCCAGCGCUAGUCGAUAGUCAGCUACGGCAACGACCUCCAGCUGACUCUACUCCGCAUCACGCUCCACCACCAGAGCCGAGGCCAAGAACAAGCAACUCGACCACGAACUCAUGACCAAAGACCAAGAGAUCGUGUCCCUCACGCACAAGAUCCAGAACCUCGAAGCCGACCUCGACAAGCUCGAGACCAAACUCGGCGAACACAAGUCCGUCUCGGAGGAUUCGGAACAGCACAAGUCCUCGGUCGAGAGUCUGUCGAGGAAGGUCGCACUUUUGGAGGGGGAGUUGGAUAAUGCCGAGAAGCAGUUGAAGGAGACCACUGACAAGUUGAGUGCCUUUUCGCAAGUUUGCGAUUCGCCGAUGAUGCAGAAGACUGACCGAAAGGUUCUCCUUGGCGUCUAGACUGCGCCAAGUCGACGUCAAGGCCGAACACUUUGAACGACAGGUCGCACGGGUCGAGCAGGAACGAGACCACAUGGAGAAGAAGGCCGAGGAGGCGCAGGAGAGGUACAACCAGGCCAAGCGCGAACUCGACGAGGUACGCCAAACGCGUUUCCAACCUUGGACAUUCGAUCCGGUUUACUGACGAUUCGUUCUCAACAGGUUGUCCAACAAAUGGAAUCCAUCUAA